AUGGCAACCUCCACCCAAACGGUUAUAGAAGUGGAGGCUCCGUCGCCACAUUCAACACUCGAUAUUACAACCCGUCUGUUGAAUGGUACGCUUCAUGCAGGCUAUCCUCCUUUUGAGCAAUUUGCAACCAUCGACGGUCUACUCAAGGCACAUGCUGCGCAGCCAGAUGAAGCUAAAGUCCCAUUGAUUUGUUAUCCUGUCCGUGGUGCUGCGGAUUUCGAGCAGCAUACUGCUGGUGAUCUGGACCGUUAUACUGAUAUUGCUGUUCGGUACUAUACGGGAAAUGGGCUGCCACCAGCGGAUCCCAGCCUUGAACAAGCUCCAGUUGUUGCCUUGCUGGUAGGGUCUAGCUUCGAGGUGAUUUUGACCAUGUUCGCUCUCAAUCGCCUCGGUUACGCAAAUGCAAGAACCUCAUCAUUGCAAAGCACUAUGAGCGGACCGUACGAGAGAUCUGUGAAGAGCGCCCCGGUUGUGCCAGCUUCCCAGUACUUCAACGGCAAGACUGGUUCAAUCGUCAACCUCACUCGCCACGAUUCGUUCGCUCCAACGUGGAUCCCUCACGAGAGGGACGGAAAGUUGCGUGGAUUCUUCACUCUUCUGGCAGUACCGGCCAUCCCAAACCAAUUUUUCUCUCCAAUUUCCAAACCCUGGCCAACUGGCCAACCUGGCUGGAAGAGCUUUGGUCUCCGGUUCUUCACGACUAGCCCUCUUUUCCAUUCCUUUGCGCUGAUGGAGUUGGGACGAGCUUUCUACACUCGAGCGACGGCGUUCUUUGGGAACCAUGCUCUUCCUACCACGUUCCAGAAUCUCCAUGACGCCCUUGAGGUCGCCCAGCCCGAGCAAUUCAGCGCUGUUCCCUACGUAAUUAAGCUCUUAGCAGAGAGACCCGAAGGAGUCAAAGCGCUGGCUAGGCCCAAGAUCGUAUUGUUUGGUGGUUCGAGCUGUCCGGAUGACCUCGGUGACCGUCUUGUUGCUCAAGGCGUCAACUUGGUGGCCAACUAUGGAGCAACGGAGACCGGUCAAAUCAUGACCUCGUUUCGACCUCCCGGCGACAACGAAUGGCAAUAUAUGAGACUUCAUCGCCCAGUGGCAGAUUUCACACUGAUGGAUGAGAUUUCACCGGGUGUCUUCGAGUGUGUUGCACUGGAUGGUCUACCCAGCAAGGGACCAUCCAAUUCAAAGCCACCUUUCAGCGCAAAGAACCCUGAGAACAGCUUUCGAACAGCUGAUUUAUUCACUCGACAUCCAGAUCCGAGUAAAGGCAAUUACUACAAGUAUCUCUCCAGGUUAGACGACCGCAUCACCCUGGUCAAUGGUGAGAAGGUACUGCCCAUUCCCAUCGAAGGACGCAUCAGAGAAGAAUCUCUUGUACGAGAGUGUGUGGUGUUCGGAUACCAGAAAACCGUACCUGGAGCGUUGAUUUUCCGCGCAUCAGAAAAGUCGGCAGAACUCAGCGACGAGGAAUUUAUCGAGGCCAUCUGGCCCGCUGUUGAGGCGGCAAACUCUCGUGCUGAGACAUUCUCUCGCAUCCCGAGAGAGUUGAUUCUUGUGAUGGGCGCUCAUGUGAGCUAUGCCGCGACCGACAAGGGCACUUUUAUUCGAGCCAAAGUCUACCAGCAAUUUGCCAAAGAGAUUGAGGCAGCUUAUGCCAAUUACGGUGGUGGUAGUAAGAGAGGAGAACUUGCGCUCGAUUUGCCGGACCUAGAAGACUGGCUUCUGGCACGAUUCCGUGAUGAUCUUGAGGUUCCCUUGUCAGAUGCCGAUGCCGACAUUUUCGCUGCGGGUGUGGACAGCUUGCAGACAACGCAGAUUUGGAGAUUCAUUGUGCGAGAUCUCGAUCUCAGUGACAAGGCCAAUACUUUGAGUCAGAAUAUCGUCUUUGAAAAAGGCACCGUUCGUGCGCUUGCGAAGCACUUGUAUCACAUGCGUACGGGGCGAGGCACUCUACGCGAAGAUGAGAUUCAAACUAUGCGAGACUUGAUUGAGAAAUACUCAAAUUUCACGCAACACCAUCCAACUCUUCAAAGGGAGCCAGACAGCCAAGUUGUGAUCGUCACAGGCGCCACCGGAAACAUGGGUGGAUUCCUCAUCGCUGAGUUGGUCAAACGGCCCGAUGUCUCUGAAGUCUGGGCUCUCGUGCGCGCCCCCGGGCAAGCCGCCGCGGGUGCUCGGCUUUACCAAGCACUGGCCGAUCGCAAGAUCUCUCUGACUGUCGACGAGGCUGCUAAACUUCGAGCCGUGCCCAGCGAUUUAUCGCAAGCCGACUUGGGCCUGGACAACCAUGUCAUAGAGCAUCUACUCUCAUCCUUGACUUGCAUCAUCCACAGUGCCUGGGCUGUCAAUUUCAAUUUGGGCUCCGGCCCGCUUUUUCUUUGUUCGAGCGUCAGCACAGCCAGCAAUACUCCCAAGCCCGCUGUGAUCCGCGAGACAGCCAUUGAAAACUUGCAUUAUGCACAAGCAACCGGCUACGGUCGCUCCAAACUAGUCACGGAAUUGAUCACUCGAAAUGCAAUGCGGCAAACAGGCAUGCACGCUCGAGUGCUGCGAAUCGGACAACUGAGCGGCGACACUGCACAUACUCAGUGGAAUGAUACCGAGGCAGUUGCGCUGAUGUUCCGCAGCGUGUUGACCACCGGCACUCUACCUGCGCUAGAUGAGAGUCCGUCUUGGUUGCCGGUUGACGAGUGUGCGCGGGCGGUUGCCCAUCUUGCCAUGAUGCAGAGCACAACUUGUAUCGCAAAUGCUGACUUGGUUUAUAACCUGGUCAACCCGGCAACAUUCAGCUGGAAGGACGAACUGCUGCCGACACUGAAAACGAACUCUCUUCUCCCGCCUUUCGAGGUUGUCUCACCGCAGGAAUGGCUUCGCCGACUAGAGUCUAGUGAGCAGGACCCUAAGAAAAAUCCAAGUAUCAAGUUACUCGAUUUCUGGCGCGUCAAGUACAGAAAAAAGACGGAGUUUUCAGCGAGCAAUCAUGAAUCACUGCAGAGGCAGGACGGACUUCAAUUUGAGACGGGCCGCACGGUUCAGGAUUGUCCGAGCUUGAGCAAAGUCAAAAACCCUGUUAAUGCGGGAUUGAUGCAGAGAUACAUUCAGACAUGGAUGCAACGGUGGACAAGGUAG